AUGUAUGGAGUUAUCCUAGAGGGAAAAGACAAAAAUCGAAAUGUGCCAUGUCCUUCAAAAGGAGUAACUGCCACCUGUCUCCCACCCACAUUGGUUGAGGGAGAAAAAGGCAAUGAGUAUUCUAUUGGAAGUCACAAAAAGGCACAAGGGAAUUCUGAAAUCAAUUGUUUCAACUUGGAUGUAAUCAAAAAACCACGAUCGUCAGUACAUGCUUGCCAAAAGCAAACUUUACAGGUAAAGAAAUAUGACGAAAGCUUUUUAAGGCAGAGCUCAUAUGAACGAAGUUCGGCAGAUGUUGUUAAUUGUAGUUCUAUAGUCAUGGUUAAAAAAAUAACUUCCAUAAACCCAGAUAGAGUCAAGGCCGGGAAUGCUAAGGCAUCUCUUCCAAAAUAUCCUAGCCCUGUCAACUUUACCGAAAAGGGUGAUGAAAAUUGCAAGCAAUUUUGCAACAAAAGUCUUUCAAAAUUCCCCCUUAUGAAAGAGCUUAUCAGCUUGGGGAUUCCUGGUCCACUACCUGAGUCUGCAUCAAAAUAUUUGAGAAGGCGAAGAGAUGUGGCUAGUAUUUUGGCACGACUAGACAGUUCCAUAGUAUCGUGUUGUUCAGAUGCUACACAUUUCAUAGCUGAUAGAUUUGUACGGACAAGGAAUAUGUUGGAAGCUAUUGCUCUUGGUAAACCAGUGGUGACACAUUUGUGGCUUGAUAGUUGUGGACAAGCUAGCUGUUUUAUUGAUGAGAAGAAUUACAUCCUGAGGGAUGCUAAAAAGGAAAAAGAAGUUGGCUUUAGCAUGCCAGUUUCAUUGGAUCAAAGAGUCUUCAUUACCCCAAACACAAAACCUAGUAAAGAUUUAGUUACAAGCAUGGUUGAAGCAGUGCAAGGCCGGGUAGUUGAUAUAAUUCAGAAACCUGCAAUGAAGAAGGAAACAAUCACAGAUGAUCUAUUAAUCCUUUCUUGCGAACAGGACUAUGCAGUAUGCACGCCAUUCCUGGAGAAAGGAGCAGCAGUUUACAGUUCAGAGCUUCUUCUUAAUGGGAUCAUUAUGCAGAAACUAGAGUUUGAGAGAUAG